CCCUAUAACAGGCCUACAUGACAAACAUGGAUUUUGACGACGACUCGUUGGACGACCUAUUGCGAGAUACUAGUAAAUUGAAGAAACCUGCUGUUAACGUAGUCGCCGAUGAGUUGUUCACAAACUCGAAUCCCCAGCAGUCUUCCAGACGGGAAAAGAAAUCUGCCUUGCUGGCUGAGCUGUUCGGUCCCAGCUCAACGACAAGUUUCAGUGCAAUCGAAUCGAGUUUGGAGGAUCAGGGAAAAGCCGUUGAAAAGUUUGGAUCCGCCCAUAAUUUGUCGACAAACUCUGUUGAAGACAAGAAAGCCGAAGAGUUUAGUUUCGGUAGUUAUGUGCCGAGUAGUGCUGCAAGAUCUGGCGGGACGAAGAGCAGGCCAACCUCUUCUGGAUCCAUCAACCAACAACAGAAUUUGUACCAACCCUCAAGUUUUAAUUUAGAGAAAAGACAAUCAAUCUUAGAUCAACUUUUGCCUGAUGGAUCUCCUAAACAGUCUAUAGAAUCGACAGUUGAAAUUCCAUCACAAAUCAUUCCUGAUUUGAGGGUAGGUGAUUCAGAUUGGAAAUCUCAGCUUCCGCCAUCCAGUGUUCCGCCUCCAUUGCUCGCAAAACCAAUUCUCAAUAAAGCAAAUGUUGCGCAAAAUGCUAUUGAGCAACUGCCAGCGGCGGCUGGUGUCCUUCCCUUCACCUUUCAACUGCCCCCGAAUCAACCAGUUUCCAAAGAAGUGGUGGACGAGAGAAAUAUGGCUAUUAUCAAAGAAGUACUUGACAACUUUUCCAACAACUUUUGUAAAAAGCUGGACACCUUGACCGGUAAAAAUGACAAUUUGAGCGAUAUCAGCGGAAGCCUUGUUGAACUGCACAAAUGCAUUAGUACGGCGUCCCAAAGCUGGUUAAAUUCCGCCAACACUGUUCCUGAUCGAGCUCACGGAGAACAUGAGAAAAGGAUACUCAUUUUGGAGAACAAAAUAGAAAUGAUGAGCCAAGAAAAUACAAACCUUCGUGCUCGGUUAGAGCUCGUUGAGAACCAGAUGCGUGAAAAUCGCAACGAAUCCUCAAGGAUCAAAACUGAUACAGAAACUGUUGUUGAAAGCCAUCUCAAGUGGAUGAGAGAGGCUGUGAACAAUCUUGAUAAUAAAAUAUCUAGUCAAUCGUCUCUGUACAAGAAAGAAGCUAGCGAGGAGAGUAACAGCCGAGAAAUUCUAUUACAUCAAAUGCAGCAAAAACUCUUAGAAUUUGAAAGUAAACUAGCCAAGAGCUCCGCCUCAUCGGGACAUCAGCAAGAAGAAACGCUACAUCUCCUCAAAGCCGAGUUUAAGUGGCUCGAACGGCAGAAAAAGAAACUGAAAAACGAUAAGAAGGAACUGCAAGCUUUACAGAAACAAAUUCAAGGCAAACAACAACUUUUAGACGAAUUCUCAGCGGAACUAUCCAAAACUACCCAUCAGUUACAAUCCCAUUGUUUAGCUGUCGAAGUGAAGAUCAAAAAGAUGGAGAAGUUAUGGGCCUUAAUUCACAAUUGGCAAGAUCAGAACAGAGAAUUUCAGAGAGAUGUGAGCAAACAUCAUCUAAAUAAGAGCUCCGAUAUAAUUCAAUUGGAAGAUUUUGGACUAGCCCUCUGGAAACUUCACGUUAAAGGUGACGAGCAAAAGCUCACAGAACAACAACAUUUUCUUCAAAUGUUAAACAAAACUAUGAUUUAAUUUAAUUUUUACUAAAGAACUGCUAUGACAAGAACUUACUAUAA